CGGACUCCACCCCACAAUAUCCCUUAAACCAUCCAAUUCAUUCAUUUCCCAAUUCCAACCUUUUUUAUUAGCACAAUCAGAUAGUACUUCUAUAGUGUAUCAAAAAAGCUUUUCUUUUUUCGACAUGUUCCACAACCAAACUACUGUGGAAUUGCAGCAGCAUCAGCUGACAGAGGAGGAGGAUAAGAACAAGAACAAGAAGAAGAAGAAGAAGAAGAAAGAUGGGAGGCUGCAAAGCACUCAUGAAUCCAGAAGCCCAUUACAGGAAUUGAACAGAGUCACCAGCAGAAGAAUCAACCCUGCAAAAAAGAAUUGCUGCACCACUACCACCAUUAGCAGCAGUAGCAGCAGCAUUUGUUCGUCUUCUUCAACUUCUGUUUCCAUUGAUGCUCCCAAGUGUUGCCUCAAGUUUCUGCUUUCCUCCACGUCAAACUCAAGACCUCGCUCCUCUUCUUCUUCUUCGAGUUCCCAUCUUCAGAAGGAUCCCAAUUUCAAACUCAGAAAUAAACCCCUCCUCACCAAGUCCACCCCAAAAUCAGCUCCUAAUUCCUCCAGGCCUAGAUCUAAUAAAUCCAUUGCUAACGAAAAUGAUGUGCCCAAACAACCCUCUUCACAAAGUUUUAGAAAAAACCCUUCUUUCCUUUCCCAGUGGCAAUCCGGUAGAAGGCCCACUUCAAAAUCUGCUUCCCAAAGGUCGAAACUUUCUUCUGAUUUGAGGGCAAAUCUGAAGAGCCCAGCAUAUGGAUGUUCUGGAAGAUUUGGUGCUGGUAAUCAACAACGAUUGAAGCAGAAAUAUCAACAAAGCUGCGGUGAGCCUGGUUUGCAUUUCAAUGUUGCUGAUGAUUUGGUAGACGCUGACAAUUUUACUCCUGUUGGCAAAGUAGCUUGUGGGCCUAGUUUAAAUUAUGCACUAGUUGUUGAUGAUGAUGAGAAGUCUGCGGGGGAAGACUCAAACUCUGGUCAUGGUACUAUAGUUGUUAAAAAAACCCCACCUAUUGAGGCCUCGUUGUCUCCUGAGAUCCAAUGUGGCGGGUCAUCUAAUCCUGUUCUAGGUUCAGCUGCAACACCUGUUUGUUAUGGUGCCGGGCAUCUCAUUUCCGGGGUCACGGAUAAAAGAAAAUGUAGGGCUAGGGGGAUCUUAACUAUAGGGGGUCCUACUGAUUCAUCUGAUUGUGGAAAAAGUAGUUUUUGUAAGGAUGAUAGUAAUGAAAAUGCUGAUGUUCUCUUUACCAAGUCAAGAACUUCUUUAAUUCCUUUGCCUGCUGAGGCUUCAAUGAAAUGGUUGUUAUCUCCACCUGGUAAGGAAGAUGAGGUUCAGAAAGAUAAUAAUGCAAAUUCUGAUUCACCAUUUACGGGCUCAGCCUCAUUGCUUCUUUCAUCCCCACCUUCAUCGUGCUGCCAACUUUCUUCUGAUUUAGUUGGUGAUAGUGGUGAGAAAAAUGGUAGUGGCAAUCAGGAUGCCACAGCAAGUACGGGGAAGACUAGGAUAGUGUUAUUAUCUCCAAGAAGAAUUACUAACUUUGAAGACUUUUCUCAUACCCCAUAUGAGAAGAAUGGAGGUUCGUUGAUCACCCCCCAGACUAAGUUUAGUUGUAAGACCGAUAACAGGCAAAAAGGAGGCGAGAGAUCUUAUGCUUUGAUAGGGAAGAGAACUCCAUCUUCGGGUGAUCCCUUGAGUGGCAGUAACAUUAUUCAGACUCCGACAUCAGACUCUAGUCCAGAUAGGAAUGUUGGCAUUUCCUGGAUAAGUGCAGAUGAUUGUCAAGCAAAUGAAGCUAAUCCUGUGGUGGACUCCAUGGCAGAGAUCUUUCAUAGAAUAAGUGUAUCUCCAAGAAGUCAGAUGCAAAUGUGGGAUCCUUGUGGUUUCAGUUCACAGUUCACUGGCUUGACUUCACCCUCCUGUUCAACAGACCACAUACAGCUUCAACAGAAUUUGGAUACUCGAGUUUCUUGGAUUUCUGAUACCACAGUAGGGAACUUGUCAUUGUCUCAAAUGAGGAUAUCGUGGAGGGAAGGUUUAGUGAGUAGGAUCUUGGAUACUGAUGAAUUAGAUUGCUGCAGAUGCUUGUCAGAUGAAGAGAAUUAUGGUGAUAGAUCUGAUGAGUUACAGCAUAAAUCACCAAAAGCUUGUGGAACGGAUUCACUUACAAAUGGCAAUCCCAGAUCUCCAGAGUUUCUUGAGCACGAACCCGAAAUUCUUAUAAAAGGAAAAGAAGCACUGUCUCUUGUAGGGACUAACAUCUGUGCGGAAUCCAUCAGCACAGAUGCAGGUGGUCUGGUUGCUUCUGGAGAUUCAGAUUGGACCCUUAGCUACAAAAACCAAUUGUUCGAAGUUUAAAUGGAUCCUCACAUUUUUCUGAAAGUAAGCUUUAGUAUUUUCUGUGAGAGGUUGUUUGUUACCAGAGAGAAGAAUGAAGAACUGCUUCUGAAGCCACCUUUGUUUUAUCAGCUCGUCGAAUGAGAAGAGUAUUUUGUAUCUCAUGCCAUCAGCUUGAAUCACCUACAGCCUGCAGCAUCUGGAUCCUGUGCAAUCAGUAAAAUUAUCAACUCAUGAAGUUAUUUCAGAUUUUAUGAGAAGAAAGGCAGCUCAACCUGGAGCAACGACUGUAAGAUUCUCUUGCAUCUAAUGUACGUGCAAUGUCCAUUGCAUGGAUGAAAGCAUGUUACUGGCUUUCAGGGGUUCUAUGUAGGCUACCUUUUGCAAUAACCAUCAGCUUCAAGAAUGAGGAGCAUUUCUUUUCAUUUAUUUCUUAUCUAUUUAUUCAGAAGUUUCUACCAUCAGUGAAAAGUGUCUUAUCUUUGUUGUGCCAAAAACUGCCCCUGAAGUCACUGAUGUACUGUUUUCUUUUGUGGUUAUCUCCAAAUGUAAUCCUAUGUCGCAUCGGUGACAUCUUUUCAAAAGUUUCUGGAAUCUUAUUUGUGCUGAUCCUUGUUAUGUGCUAUAGUCUGUUUGAAUGAACACA